CUUAAACUGGACAAGAUUUUUUUUUGUUUGUCAGAACAUAUUCUUUCUAAGGGUCCAUUCCAGAUAUAUUGGUGCUCAUAUCUUGAUCAAUCUUCUUAGCUUUCAUUGUUAUAAUUGUUUCUUCUGUUUCCUUCACUGAUAGCCCAGGGUUUUUAACAACUGAUUCAAUCGUAACGACGCCAUGGGUAACGAGCAAUCAGGACAUCAUAAGGAUGGAGCUGAAAAACUGAAAAAGCACGACAAGAACAAAGAAGUGAAACCCGAGGAAACAUCAGGAGUAAGUGAUGUUGUGAAACCAGAAUUAGAUACUAAAGAGCCAGAUGCUACUGCGGCUGAAGCAUCCGUUGGAUUGGCAAGCGUUUUACAGGUUCCAACUGAUACAAGCUCCGAGAUAAGCACUGCGGAAACAGUAGCUAGCAACCACCAAGUUCCGGUUGAAAUGCCUGUCGAAAAAGAAAUACCCGUGGAUACAAAAACUGGUACCCACGAACAUAAAGCUGAACAACCGAAGCCAGCAGAGCUCACAAAAGCCGAAACCUUUUUUUAUGAAUGUAAACAAGAAGAGCCUGCUGCCACAACAAAUGAUGUGAUACCAGAAUCAAGUCCUGCUGUCGAGAAACCAAUCCCAAAAACAGAACCAAGCGUUGCGGUCGAGAAACCAAUCGCAAAAACAGAACCAAGCAUUGCGGUCGACAAACCAAUCGCAAAAACAGAACCAAGCGUUGCUAUUGAGAAACCUGUUGCAAAAGCAGAAACAAACAUUGUUGUCGAGAAACCAAUCGCAAAAACAGAACCAAGUGUUGUUGCUGACAAACCAAUUGCAAAAACUGAAGACACAUCGAAGGACCUGGAGAAACCAGUUCUCUUAGAUUUGGAAGGCAACACCAGCCAACGAAUCGGAGAAUCCAGUCGAACAGUUGACUCAACCAUCGGGCAAUCCGGUCGAACCCCAUUGCUAAAUCAGGAGGAAACUGUAGAGCCACAGAAAAAAUUGACAGAGAAACAGGUAAAUGAAUUGGAACGAGUUAGUACAGACACGGUAAAUGCUCCGUUGUUAGCCGUCAUGAAGGAUGAUGUUCCAGAAUCACCAAGGAAAGAAAUAGUGGGGAAAGAGAAUCUCAAACGGAAUAAGUCUUUCAUAAGCAGCUUUCUGUGCUGUACAGCACCCCAGUGAAGAUUUCCUUCCUCAGUUUCAGUACAUCAAAAACAGAAAUUAUACACUUUUAUUUAAUGUGUAUAUGUUUUUUUUUUCCACUAAGGUUGAUUGUUUUGUUUGUGGAUGUUGAUGAAUGCGAGAUUUAUGAUUCUCGGUUUAUAGAUAUCUGAGGGAUUGUAAUGGUCUCUGCAUUUUGUGGGAUUUGUAUUGGUUCUUUUUAAUUGCAUCAAUAAAAUUGUGAAUUUGGUUUGAA